UGAAGGAUGAAGACAUUAUCAUGAUAGACAAAGGCAGGGGAAAGGACAGUGGUGUGGAAGAGAAGAAGUUUGUGCAUCCCAUUUGAAGACCUGUACCUAAAUCAUCCUGAUGAUCCUCCACUGGCUUCUCAAUAUUUUGUGUGCAACACACUGCUUUUGGGUUGAAAUUAUUAGCAGUCAACAUUUGGAGCUCUGCAACUCUACAGGUGAACAUCCAGCUCCUGAGCUGUUUCACAGUGCAGGAUCUCUUCAUAUUGGAGACUCAAUCUCACUGUUGUGUAUGGAUCAUACAAACAGUAACAUAACAAGAUUUUUUUUCUGCAAAGAUAAAACCCUUGUUUCAGCCCAGAAAUCAAUAUCCAACAUGGCUACGUAUACAUUUAAUAUCACACAAAGCUCUACUGGACAAUAUUCUUGUGGGUACCAACAUAAGGGAGGACUAAACCAGCAGACAAAGUCUGUUCUCAGUUUGUUCUGGAAUCUGACUGUCCCUCCAGGAAAGGAUAAUUUCCAUUCCUAUGCACCUGAACGUGAUGAAAUCGAUGGGACUACAAAUUUCAUUGACAAGAAAAUUUGGAUAACAUUGGUUCUAGUCUUUGUUAUUCUGAUUCUGGCUGCCUUGACUUAUCACUUGGUAAAGAAAGCUACAUUGUGUCAGUUAAAGGAAAAAUCCAAUCCUCAGAACACUCCUUACGAUAAUGGGGAAGUGUCUGACAUCAGAAACAACAGGAAACAUUUGAGUGAACAAGUUCAGU